CCUAUUUACGUCUGCACUCACUCAAGAGGGUUGGACGAAAUGUCGUCCGUCAGGGUUAACUGUGAUCAGCCAGUGAAAUAUUCUCGAAAUUGACACGUAGCAAGUUUACCAAUGGAGUAGGGUCAGCCCUGUGGUUAGGUAGCGGUCACAUAAAUAUGUUGUUACAUGGCGUGAAAUAGUUUAUCAGAUAACGGAUACAUAAAACAGGUUUACCUUCUGUUUCUUUGUUUUGUGGACCCUGGCAGAGGUAUGGCUGUGGGGCAGAAACCAAGCAGUGCAGAGACAAUUGUUUUGGCUGGAUUGAAUGGACAUAGUGAGACAAGGCACACCGGUUUGAAUGACACUCUGCAGAAUCACUCUGCCGACCAGCGAAGCUCGGGGAGGGCCAGAGUCAGACGCGACAUGAGGUACAAGUGUGCUGCUUAUGUGCUGGCCCUGCGGCCGUGGAGUUUCAGCGCCUCCCUCACACCGGUGGCUCUGGGCAGUGCCCUGGCUUACAAGCUGGAGGGCUCUGUGGACUUGGUCAUCCUCAUGGUGUGUGCCGUGGCAGUGCUGGUGGUGCACGGGGCAGGGAAUCUGGUUAACACUUACUAUGACUUCUCCAAAGGGAUUGACCACAAGAAGAGCGACGAUAGGACUCUGGUGGAUGAGAUCCUGGCGCCGCAGGACGUGGUCAUGUUCGGAGCGCUGCUCUACUCUCUGGGCUGCUUGUGUGCCACCCUGCUCUACUUUCUCUCCACGUUGAGGAUGGAGCAUCUGGCCCUUAUUUAUUUUGGAGGGCUCUCCAGCUCUUUUCUGUACACGGGAGGCAUUGGUCUUAAGUAUGUGGCACUGGGGGACGUGGUGAUCCUGAUCACGUUUGGCCCCCUGGCGGUCAUGUUUGCCCACGCCGUGCAGGUGGGUUACCUGUCUGUCCUGCCUCUGGUCUACGCCGUCCCCCUGGCCCUCAACACAGAGGCUAUCCUCCACAGCAACAAUACCAGAGACAUGGACUCUGACAAACAGGCGGGCAUAGUCACUCUGGCCAUUCUCAUCGGGCCCACGUUGUCCUACAUCCUCUUCAACCUCCUGCUGUUUGUCCCUUAUGUGCUCUUCUGCAUCCUGGCCACCCACUACACCAUCAGCAUGGCCCUGCCCCUGCUCACGCUGCCCAUGGCCUUCCCCCUGGAGAGGCAGUUCCGCAGCCAGUGCUAUUCCAAGAUCCCCCAAAAGACAGCCAAGCUCAACCUCCUGAUGGGACUUUUCUAUGUCUUUGGGAUCAUUCUGGCACCUCAAGGCAGCUUACCGCUACUGUGAUUGAAUUGCAGCUUUUAUAGCUUUUUGUUGUUGUUGUUGAAAUGCAGACUAGUUUAUGUACGUCUUUGUAUUUGUAAUUAUUUACUUGAGUUCAAAGGCUUUAAUGUAUUGUCUAAUUUAUACGUCCAGAGAAACAGUUUAGUUACUUUUCUUUAAUACUGACAGAUAUAACCAGAUGCAUAACUGGUCCAGUAUUUUGCAUAGUUCUGUGUAUUGACUGAAGUCAGAGGUGCUCAGACUCAUUUGGUAUAAGACUACAGUACAGAGGACAUUUCAAGUCCUGAUGCCUCAAAAUGAGGACAGACAUUGAAGAAACGGUUGCCAUGGGUUGCAGCGGGCCCUCAGACUUGCUACCGGUGAUGCAAUUCUUCAAAAAUGUCAAUAAAACAAAAUCUAAACCAUUUAAUCUCUGUAAAUUGAAAUUAAAUGUAUUUCUUUUAAGUUAAGACAAUAGCCUGAUUUAUUAGUCAGGUUUUGAGGUUAAAAUGAUGAAUUGCAAUGUUUUUAUUUGGGGGGGUAUGAGAUGGUAGCCUUGUAAUUAUCAGGUUUUGCAGUCAUGGUUUGGAAUUUCAAAUUUUAUUUUGUUAGACAGAGGAGUGCAACCAUUAAUCGAUCCAGUCUAUAAACAAAUAUCAAUUAAUGCACAUGGAAAUGCCCCCUAAUGGUCCAAAUCUCAGCCUAAUUUGCAUCGGACCAGUUAGUGAUCUUUUAGGAUUUUACUAUUAAAUGUAUGUUUUGGGAAGUUAUGGAUUCAUUAAGAAAUGA